AUGGUGGGAUGCGGUGUCAUUUCUUCCGUCCUGCGCCGCAAGGCGUGGGGACAAGUUUCAGGCAAGGCACGUUUUCGUCGAACACGCAAAGGCUUCUCCAAGCGCUCUGAAGGGAUGGUCACUUCCUCAGAUGAGGAAGACUACGAUAGCACAGGGUCUCUACGCCAUGGCACUGAAGGCACGGUUGCUGAGAAGACGGAAGUGCCUCAACAGAAGCAGAGCGAGAAUGCCCACGAUACAGAUCCAGGUCUCCUGAAGAAGCACUCAUCAUACCUAUCAUACACAACAUCUACUGCAACAUACCCUUCUAUCAGAACGUUCUUCCGUCCGCAUCCUCAAAAGGACAAAUUGCCCACCAAGCCCUCGCCGAUUCCGUUGUUGGUUUUUGUGCAUGGCUUGGGUGGAUCUCUUGCGCAGUUUAAUCAUUUGCUUACGAGUCUUUCCAAUGUCGGACCUUGCUUUGGGAUCGACCUCCCUGGAUGCGGCUUAUCGUCUUUUUCGCCCACUUCUUGGGACGCGUAUACUGUUGAAGCGCUGGCAGAAUUGCUUGCUACAGCCAUUGAGCAGCAUCGAGACAAAGAGGCAGGCCAAGGAGUGGUUCUGAUCUCCCAUAGUCUAGGCUGUUCGCUGUCAGCACUGUUAGCGUCCUCCACGUCCUUGAUAGGCGCUGGUCUGCAAGAACAUAUCCUCGGUCUCAUUGCCGUUUGCCCUCGUGCUGGGCCCCCGCCCCCGCAUGAUGUCGCCAAAUUCCGUCGGCUCCUCCACGUACCCAGCCCGAUCUUUGACCUCUGGCGCUACUGGGAUCGGCGGGGCGGCUUACAUAGCACCAGCGUGAACAGGCUUGUCGGCGCAGCAGCAGAUCCCGAUACCAGAGGCCUUCAAGUCCGCUAUAACAAGCAAAGCAAAACGGCCGUGUGGAGACGAAUGGCAUGGGGAACACUGCCUUCGUACGACAGCAAUGGCAAGCCCAUUGGGGGCAUCCCAGGCGAGGAUGUUUGGGCGGGUGUGCGCACGCCCGUUCUCCUAGUGGCUGGUGAAGCAGAUGCGGUAAACAAGCCUGCAGAGCUAAAAAAGAUCCUGGAGUUCUUUGGCCGAGCAGGGUGUAGCGUGGAUGACGAUGCGGAUGGAGUGUGCUCCAUUCCCGAUGCAUCCGAAGUUCACGAUACGAUGCCGGCAUCAUAUGAUCGGCGGGCACACGAAGAGGAGUUCGGGGUGGAACCACAGAUUGAAGAGAAGGAGAUGACAAGUGAGUCUGAUCGUCCGGGAUCUCGGCGGUCGGUCAAGACUGUUGUCUUGCCUGCUCCGGCGUCUCAUGCACUGAUCUACGACCGUGCAACAUACCGCACUCUCGCCGGGAUCAUCCAAGAUUUUCUCAGCCAGCACAUCGAUAACCGCCUCAGCAUGGGUUGGCAGCUGCAAUAUUUGAAUACGUCCGGCAAAUGGGACGUGAAGAAUCUGGCCAAGUGGAAGAAGGUCGCACCAGUGUCGGAAAGAAUCGCUGACACCUUCGCGGCCCUCAAGAUGCUCCGGGAGGUGGACGAAGAACACAAUCCUGUUCUGUUUUCUCAAGCUUACCGCGACAAGAUCUAUGCCGUGAUUGAUAUCAGCUACGAAAAUCCGGUAUACAAUCCCGCGUCGAUGGAGAAGGGCGGCAUCCACUACCACAAGCAUCCCACGGUUUCAAAGAUCCCCCCUACUCCCGACGAGGUUCGCGAUUUCAUCGCUCUAGUAGACCGACUACAGAAUGAGAUAACCGAGAAGAUGGAGAAAUCCGGCAAUCCCGAUGGCCCACGUCCGGUGGUGGGAGUCCACUGCCACUAUGGAUUCAACCGCACGGGAUUCUUGAUUGUCUCAUACUUGAUCGAACGGCGCGGAUUCAGUGUGCCGGAAGCGAUCGAGGAGUUCGAACGGCGACGUCCACCAGGUAUCCGCCACGAACACUUUAUUGAUACCCUAUUUGUGCGAUACUGCGUUGGGCUGAAGCGGGCGCCCACGCUGUAG